UCGACAUGACAGCAACAAUUGUUUUCGAUAGCUAUCAAUAGGAAAAUGUCAAAUGAAUUUCCAGUGGAAUUGUCGAUCAAGCAGAACUCGUUAGAAGGAAGCAGCGGUUUGGUAAAAUAGACGCUAACUCUGUCAAUCAAUAAAAACAAUUUAAAAGCAAUCAAAGUUUAAUUACCACAACAAGCAAACGGCGAGAGGUGACGCGCAGCAAAAAAAAAACAACAGAAAACAAUAAACACUAACGAAUUCACAAGGAUAAAGAAACACAAUAACUGAAGCAUAAAGCGAAAGGGCCAAGCCAAGGAAUGCUCAUAGACACAGACACUCCCGUCAGCCAACACACAGACUUACCAUAUGAGGCGCGACCGUACAAACCACAUAAAUAUAAAAGCGACAAUCAGAAAGUUGCGGUGGGACGUUGCAAAAAGAAAAAAGAAGAAACAACCGAAAGGAGGCAGCCAUAAAAACAGGAAUGGCCAUAAACAAAGAAAUAAACAAGGCAUCAAGCGCCUUGACUAAAAGUUCAUGCAAAUGGGACAAGUUGCGAAAACCUAAAUGGUUUUUUGUGAGAAUUGAUGAGCAGCGAAGGUACCACGGCUACUUGUGUCAGUCGUAAAUCCAAUCGAUCAGAUGCUUAUUCCCAGGAGCUCAUUAAAUAGUGUCGUUUCUUUUUUUAUUGCCCGGAACCUAAGCAAAUUGCUCAAUAUCAAAGCCGAGAAAAUUGUUUAAUGAGUACUUUGAUUACUCGCCAAAUGCCGCAGUCCCACAUCAGAAGCUAUAAAAGCGGGCGCUAACUGGACAGCCUGGCAAUAACCUUUAGAUUCGUUCAACAUGCAGCUGCAGGAUUUCAUGCACUAUCCGAGCAUUGGCUGUCGAUUGGUUAUGAUGCGGCGCUAUGAGUGGAAUGGCAGCCAAAUGCCUCGUGUUCAUCAGACGUUGUUUCAGCGUCUGUGGUUUCAAUUUGGCGCACUGAAUCUAAUCUAUCAGAACGUGGGCAUGGUCAUCUAUCUGUUCCUGGCCGAGGCACCGGACGAGCAGUUGGGCGCGUAUGUGGCACAAAUUUCAGAAACAUGCAGCGUGAUGGGCCUCACGUUGGUAGGUGCCUGCAAUAUGUGGAUGCUGAUGCACCAUCGCAGCGAUAUAGAGUCCAUACUAUCCGAGCUGCAGCAGCUGUAUCCCGCGCAGGAUAAUCAUAGCCGAAUCUAUCGCAUUGCCCAUUACUAUGAAAAGUCGACGCGCCUAAUGAGAUACACAGCCAUCUUCUUCAUCUCCGCCUACGCCUACUACAAUGCACUGCCCGUGGUGGAGCUGCUGUAUGAGCUGCUCUCCGAAUCGCAGCAUGUCAGAUACAAAUACCAGAGCAAUACUUGGUAUCCCUGGCUACUAAUGUCCGAUCCGCGCUCAUCAGCAAGCUUUAUGACAGCAUAUCUCUGCCAGGCCAUCUCGUCGCUGGUGGGCGUCGCAUUCAUCAUGGCGAGCCAGUUCUUGCUUUGCUUUUUCAUUACGCAAAUGCAGCUGCAUUUCGAUGCUCUGGCCAAUGGCCUUCGCUACCUAGAUGCUAGUCAGCCCGGUGCUAAUGAACAACUGAAGACGUUGAUUUCCUAUCAUAGUCGCUUGCUGUGCAUUGCUAACAGAAUCAAUCAAAUCUUCAACUUUACGUUCCUGAUCAACUUUACAACAUCGACCAUUGCCAUUUGCCUGAUGGGCUUUGCCAUGGUCAUGAUUAGUCUGGCCUCAACCUUUAAAUACUCUGUCGGGCUGCUUUCAUUCUUGGUAUUUACACUUUUCAUCUGCUACAAUGGCACCGAGUUCACUUCUGCGAGCGACAAACUUUUGCCGGCUGCCUUUUACAACAAUUGGUACGAAGGUGAUUUGGUCUACAGGAAGAUGCUGCUCUUCUUUAUGAUGCGCUCCUGUGAGUCGCAAGUGCUGCGCGCUUACAAAUUUACGCCCGUUUCCAUGGCUACCUAUAUGGCCAUCUUAAAGUUUUCGUAUCAGCUGUUUACCUUUGUGCGUGCGAUGAUAUAG